AGAACAAGAUAGAGAUCUUGAAGAUAAGCACCCUAGAAAUUUCUAACCCUUAUUUAUGCCACUUUGAAGAACUUGUAAAACUCAAGCCAUCAACCACCUUAAACUACAGAUUCAUUCAAUAGUCUUACCUUCUCAUACAAUGGCUGCUUCAACCAUGUCUCUCUCAUCUCCAUUCGCUGGGCAAGCGGUAAAAACCGCUCCAUCGAGCUCUGAAGUUUUCGGAACCGGACGGGUUUCCAUGAGGAAAACCGCAGCACCCAAGAAGGUUGCACCAUCAGGAAGCCCAUGGUACGGUCCUGACCGUGUCAAGUACCUGGGCCCAUUCUCCGGUGAGGCCCCAUCAUACCUCACUGGUGAAUUCCCUGGUGACUACGGUUGGGACACUGCUGGGCUUUCAGCUGACCCAGAGACAUUUGCCAAGAACCGUGAGCUUGAGGUCAUCCACUGCAGAUGGGCCAUGCUUGGGGCUCUUGGGUGUGUCUUCCCAGAGCUUUUGGCCCGUAACGGUGUGAAGUUCGGUGAGGCCGUAUGGUUCAAGGCUGGUGCCCAAAUCUUUAGCGAAGGUGGGCUUGAUUACUUGGGUAACCCAAGUUUGAUCCAUGCCCAGAGCAUCUUGGCCAUUUGGGCCACCCAAGUGAUCUUGAUGGGUGCGGUUGAGGGCUACAGAAUUGCUGGUGGGCCGUUGGGUGAGGUUGUUGACCCACUUUACCCUGGUGGUAGCUUUGACCCGUUGGGCCUUGCCGAUGAUCCAGAGGCUUUCGCUGAGUUGAAGGUGAAGGAGAUCAAGAACGGAAGGCUAGCCAUGUUCUCCAUGUUUGGGUUCUUUGUUCAAGCCAUUGUGACCGGUAAGGGACCUUUGGAGAACCUGGCCGACCACAUUGCGGACCCUGUUGCCAACAAUGCUUGGUCUUAUGCUACAAACUUUGUCCCCGGGAAGUGAAUUAUUUGACAUAUGGGUUAUCCUACAUCGAAAAAUGUUUUGUGUGGGUUUUAUAACAAGUUAAGCUCCUUGUAAAUUAAUUAUUAUUGAUGAAUGAUCGUAUUGUUACUCAUUUAUAAUGAAAAAGUUUCUCCUUUUCAAUGGGUCA